GUCUGGGGGCGGAGCGGCUCUGAGGGCGGAGCGGCACAGUGUACGGGACGGGUGUGUGGAGCUGCUGGUCAUGGAGACCCGCCGAGCUCUGCACUUCGUCUUCAAAGUGGGAAACCGCUUCCAGACGGCGCGUUUCUUUCGUGAUGUCCUGGGCAUGAAGGUUCUGCGGCAUGAGGAGUUUGAAGAAGGCUGCAAAGCUACCUGUAAUGGGCCUUAUGAUGGGAAAUGGAGUAAAACAAUGGUGGGAUUUGGACCUGAGGAUGAUCAUUUUGUUGCAGAGCUGACUUACAAUUAUGGCAUCAAAGACUACAAGCUUGGCAAUGACUUUAAGGGUAUCACAGUCGCUUCUAGCCAGGCUGUGAGCAAUGCCAGGAAGCUGAAGUGGCCACUCACUGAAGUUGCAGAAGGUGUUUUUGAAACUGAGGCCCCAGGAGGAUAUAAGUUCUAUCUGCAGAAUCAAAGUCCACCUCAGUCAGAUCCUGUAUUAAAAGUAACUCUAGCAGUGUCUGAUCUUCAGAAGUCCUUGAACUACUGGUCUAAUCUACUGGGAAUGAAAAUUUAUGAAAAAAAUGAAGAGAAGCAAAGGGCUUUGCUUGGCUAUGCUGAUAACCAGUGUAAGCUGGAGCUACAGGGCAUCAAGGGUGCAGUUGAUCAUGCAGCAGCUUUUGGAAGAAUUGCCUUUUCUUGUCCCCAAAAAGAGCUGCCUGACUUAGAAGACUUGAUGAAAAGGGAGAAGCAGAAGAUUCUGACUCCCCUGGUGAGUCUGGAUACCCCCGGGAAAGCAACAGUGCAAGUGGUCAUUCUGUCCGACCCUGAUGGACAUGAAAUUUGCUUUGUGGGGGAUGAAGCAUUUCGAGAACUUUCUAAGAUGGAUCCAACAGGAAACCAAUUGUUGGAUGACGCAAUGGCAGCAGAUAAAAGUGAUGAAUGGUUUGCUAAACGAAUUAAACGUUAAUAGAAGAUAUCAUGUGGAACAAGCAUUUACGAUUCCUGUCUAUCACCUGCGAGGUUUGAUGUGUCCAUUCAUAAUAAAUGCUCUCACAACUUGAUUGUUCCCUGUAUAGUUGAGGAAGCUGGGUAGUGAAGAUUUGUGUAUUUUAAUCUUUAAAAGGUCUGAUAUGUUUUUAUGUUUUAGGUAUAAAUCCUUUUAUUGUCAGUCUGGGGCAACUAUAUGGAACAUUACCCUUGGUUGGGGAUAAAUGGAAGGAAUUUUAAUAAGCAUGUGGAUUUAUGAAAACACUUAUUUGCAAAAUAAAUUUUGUUCCUUAAACCAAAA